AGCGCCGGGAGCCGGCGGGGCUGCGGCCGGAGCUGGCGGGAGUGGUGCCCGGGGUGUCUCGGGGUGGGCAGCCCGGCUGGCCCCCAGCCUUCGCCGCCUUCCCCCAGCGCCAGCAGCGGGCCCCCUCCCCGCCCAAGAUGCUGUUUUGGCACACGCAGCCGGAGCACUACAACCAGCACUCCACCGGCAGCUACCUGCGAGAUGUCCUUGCACUGCCGAUCUUCAAGCAGGAAGAACCUCAGCUGUCUCCUGAGAAUGAAGCCAAAUUGCCUCCGUUUCAGUACGUCCUUUGCACAGCCACAUCACCUGCUGUGAAACUGCAUGAAGAAACCCUGACCUACCUCAACCAAGGUCAGUCUUAUGAAAUCCGUCUACUUGAGAAUAGGAAAUUGGGAGAGUUUCAAGAUUUAAACACAAAAUAUGUAAAGAGUAUAAUUCGUGUAGUAUUCCAUGAUCGACGCCUGCAGUACACAGAGCAUCAGCAACUGGAGGGCUGGAGGUGGAGUCGGCCUGGGGACCGCAUCCUUGAUAUAGAUAUUCCGCUGUCAGUUGGCAUCUUGGAUCCCAGGGCCAGCCCCACACAGCUGAACACUGUUGAAUUUCUGUGGGAUCCAUCAAAGAGAGCCUCAGCAUUCAUUCAGGUACAUUGUAUCAGCACAGAAUUUACUCCACGGAAACAUGGAGGAGAGAAGGGGGUUCCUUUCCGGGUGCAAAUUGACACCUUUAAGCAGAAUGAAAAUGGUGAAUACACAGAACACUUGCACUCUGCAAGCUGCCAGAUCAAGGUGUUCAAGCCUAAAGGAGCAGACAGAAAACAGAAGACUGACAGGGAAAAAAUGGAGAAGAAGACCACCCAAGAGAAGGAGAAGUAUCAGCCUUCCUAUGAGACAACUAUUCUCACAGAGUGCUCUCCCUGGCCAGAUGUGCCUUAUCAAAUGAACAAUGCUCCAUCUCCAAGCUACAACAGUUCUCCCAACAGCUUCAACCUUGGAGAUGGCAACAGUUCUCCAACCCACCAAGUGGAGCUCCUGCCUCCCAGCAAUGAUCAUCUCCUUCCUUCUGCUUCUAUUCAAGAUGCCCAGCAGUGGCUUCAUCGUAAUAGGUUCUCUCCAUUCUGUAGACUCUUCUCAAGUUUUUCGGGUGCUGACUUACUGAAGAUGUCCAAAGAAGAUUUUGUUCAAAUCUGUGGGCCUGCUGAUGGAAUUCGGCUCUUUAAUGCAAUCAAAGGAAGAAAUGUAAGGCCCAAGAUGACAAUUUAUGUCUGUCAAGAACCAGAGCAUAACAGGUCCCACCUCCACCAAAAACGAGAAAAUGGAGAUGGCAGUCUUUGCGUAUAUCAUGCAAUUUUCUUGGAAGAAUUGACCACCUUGGAAUUAAUUGAGAAGAUUGCAAACUUGUACAGCAUUUCUCCACAGCAGAUAAAUCGAAUCUACCGGCAGGGACCCACAGGGAUCCAUGUAUUAGUGAGCAAUGAGAUGGUGCAGAACUUCCAAGAUGAAUCUUGUUUUGUUAUCAGCACAUUAAAAGCUGAAAGCAAUGAUGGCUACCACAUCAUUUUAAAAUGACCGUGCUGCACAGAAAGACUUUAACAGCCUAACGUUUAGUGCCUCACUGAGAUUGCUACAACCUAGACUGGAAACAUGAAGAACCUUCUGGAUAAAAUGCUCCUAUGAACUCAGAAUUACCAAACAGCUUAAAGAAAAACUUGCUUUUACAGAUAUACAUUUUUUCUUUGAAGCUGGAGUUAAGAACAUCCUCAAAGCUUGUACAUGUUUCUUCCUUCCUCCCUUCCUCUCCAGUCUUAAAAAUUGUUGAGGUUUCUGCUUACUGCUUAGAAACAUCUGCCUUGUACUAAAGGGAAAUGAAAGAUAAACAAAAACCAAUUCUCUAGACCCCUCAUGGUUGGGUGAAUUGUUUUAUUUACAGUUCUGAGUGUUUCUUGCUUUCAACACACACCCCGUUCUUGAUGGACAUAGGCUCCCUGUGGCUCCUCUUUUACUCUUUGAGGUGGAGGGCUUGGGGCUAAAUCCAGGAGCAGAUUGAGCAACGCAGACGAUGGAUUUGGUGCCCAGUCCCCAUCCACAGUGUCAACCCUGGAAGCCUGCAAUUAGCUGAUUCCCAUUUGUAGAUGUGCUUGAAGUCCCAAGACCUUAGUCUGACCUGACAGAGCUUCUUUAAUGCUUAUCCAACAGAACAAUUUUUGCAGGGUUCAAAGGAGGACAGGCAACCUGAAGCAAGCAGUUCAGUACUGUUUUGUAUCUUUAGCUUUAGAGUAGUCUCCUUGCAUAGAGUAUAAGAGGGUUUUCGGAGGAAAUGUUUUGAACAUUGAAAGCCAUAGAGCUCAUGAGAAAUUCAUAUCGCAGAUUUAUUCUACUCUAUAAAGUGUUAAUUAACUGCUGUCUUUACUGUAACUGGGAAUUAGGUUUUAUGAUCUUGGUGAGUAACAGCAGGCGAAAAUCAUUAAAGUAAGUAAAACUGAGUUUAGAUUGAGCCCAGGUAAUGGAUCAUCUUAGUUGGCUGCUUCGUAUAUUCUUGCUGUUUCACUCUGGACUCCUGUUUCAAAUAGCCUCAACUACAGUUAACCCCCACACCCCUCCCCAGGUCUCUUGGGAUGCCAUCCAGGCUCCAUGAAGCUGAAAAAGUGGUUUUCGCUGAUGUCAAAGGCAAACUGGAUCACACCCUUCUUGCAUGGAUGGAUGAUUUUGGCAGCUAAUUAAUAAGACUGUCUCCCAGACUGAAUGGCUAUCUAGCAUCAAAUUCUUCUGCUUGAACAUUUCAUUUCUCCCUGAAUUGAGACAGAAAGCUGAAAUACCAACAUUUUCCUGGAAUGGAAAUUUAAAAAAAAAAAAAAAAAGAGAGAAAUUGUCAGUUGGAAAACGCUGAAUAAAACGUUCUAGCGUUUUGGAAUGGAAACGUUUAAUUAAAUCCAUUUGACCCUUAAAGCAGCAUCAGUUUUAGCUACUGUCGCAGACCUCAGAAAUUACCAUUAAAGUGCCUUGUGCGCCAUGUCUCCCCUGGGGCCGAGCUCCUUGGCUGGAUGUCAGAUCCCAUGGUGCACUUACCGCGGGUUAGUCAAAGGGGGAGUGCGUCAUGAAGGCUGGAGGGGUGCCCAGGAGCCCAGCCUUCUGGGAAAGGGGGAUGUGCAGACUGUGAAUUAGAGCUCCCAGCUGACACCGGAGGAAUUCGGACAGACGUGGACUGAUAAUUUUUCUGACAAAAACGAUGUUUCAAGUUUUCCCAACAGAAAUAAAGAGCAAAGUACAGAGAAAAGCAUUUUUUUUUCCACUAAAAGCAUGAACUUUUGUGCAAACCCCCACUACCAAAAGAAAAGCAACAAAAAAAGCACCCAUCCCCACCAUUUUUUUUUUUUAAACCAAAAAUAAUACUAGAAUAGAAAAACUGUGUUACAAUGGGAAAACCUGCAGCCAACUCAUCUAAUUGACUAACAUUGCAUACUUAGGCAUGAUCUUGCACAACUGGCUGUCCUGGAUGCUCCAUGAAUCGUAGCAGUUAUCCAAAAGAGACUUUCAGGGUUUGGGACAUGGCAGUUCCACCCUGUGAAGUGAAGGAGCUUGAGGCUGCUUGGUUGAGGAUUAGGUUGUGUAGGUGAGAAAAGUUGUGAGUAGCCUCUUGGAGUGAGAUGGUACCAAACAGAGAGGCUGGGAGUAGCUUUGGGGGAAGAAAUGCCUUUUUGGAAGAUGGGAAAUGCCAUCUUUCUGAGGAAGAUGAGGCCGCGUGAAACUUGACCGUGCCUUGAAAUGAAAGUGCCACUGAAGGGGAACUUGUGACUGACCAAAACCUUUAUUUCUGGUCAAACACUGGAACCAGGCUUCCUAUAGAUGUAGUUGAUGCCCCAUGCCUCUCAGUGUUCAAAAGACUUUUGGACAAUGCCCUCACUAAUAUGCUUUAACUUUUGGUUAGCCCUGAAGUGGUCAGGAACUUGGACCUGAUGGUCUUUGAAUGUUGUUUCCAGCUGAACCAUGUUUUCACACCCAGACUGAGUUGUUCUUGCUGCCCUUUGUGGCACUUAGGAACUUUGUAAGCCCCGAGAAGGUCAUGGUGGAAGGUGGGCUCCUUCCCUGCAGCCACCCUCUCAGAUCAAAACUCCCCAGAAGAUGGGAGGACAAGCUUCACUUCCUCCUGCAGCUACUUGCCACCAAGUACUGUAGGCACUGCUGAGCUACAUCUGUGUUUCCCUCGUGCCCCUUUUGUGUCGCUACACUCUGAGGAAAAUUAAAUACAUCAAUGACAGAAGUUCAGGUUAUUGGCCUAGGCUGAAUGAUGUCGUAGAGGUUUAUUCUGUCUGAGAGGCAGCUGUGUCACCCCCUGGCUCUGCGGCCUGUGUCAGGGGGCAGUGGGGAGUCCCCUGACCCCAGUUGUGGCCUCACAGCUAUAGUUACCUUCCAAAAUGUUUGUGAAUAGGUGGGGCCUACAUGCCACUGUGUGCCAGGAGCUGCUUGCUGUCUGGUUUCUGUUGUAGAAGAUGCAUUGGCUACACUUUUUCAUGUCAUUUUGUAAUAUUGGCCUGGUACUGCUUAUCUGGCAUUGCUGCUGUUGGCAUACAACUAAGAGAGGUGGAUCUGGCCUGAUGAGAGGGAUUUAAAUUGGGGUUGCCAGAUAGAGUGUAGUCAGUACCUGAUCCACUCACAUGUGACAGCCCUGCAAUUUAGGGGGCACAGCAAUAGAUAAACACAGCACUGCAAAGGAAGGAUAGAGGCAGCUUUGCUGUCAUGGUUAGGGACUAAGAACCGUGUGCUUAUUUUUAUGAAGUAUAACUUGUUCUUGGUUAUUUUAGAAACAAAUCUUGCCCAUAAAGAAGUAUACGCAGAAGUCCUAAUGCUAUUUCUGUAACACUUGCUUGAUUAAUUUUGAACAAAAAUAACUCUGUUAGGGCUUUGUUAUAUUUAGAUUUUUAAAAUUGAGUAAUUUUAUAUUGAUAUAAGGAUGAAUCUGACCGUAUAUCUUGCUCUUCUUUCUAUGUUGUAAGAAGGUAUACCAGAGUAAACAAUCAUGUAGAUUAUAAAUAUUGUUCUACUAGGUGGGCUCUACAGUUUUUAUCUAUGUUAGCUUGUUUGUUGAGCUGUAUAACUGUAAUGUGUAUGUAAGGCUAACGCCUACUUGACAAAGUAGUUCUAGUCCUUGUUGAACCUCUGUAGUCCCAACAGAAAUUUGGGGGCUCGUGCUGAAGUAGCAUACACACCCAUGAACAUCUCGACACCAGCUAGUUGGGUGUCUGGAUGAAUGAUGAGUUACUUCCACUUGUCUCUGGGUGUUAGAAAAACACAUUGCACCCUUUGCCCUUGUUGCAUGAUGCUGUGUAACCAACAGGUUGUUGUAUGUGGGCAAAUUGACCAUGAACCGUUGUGGCUGAGAAGGAGUGCUUGAGGUGGCAUUGGUCAGAGCAAUGCUAGUGUGAGACUGGGCUGCAGACAAACCUUCCUCCCUGCCUCCCAAAGCACAAAAGCAGCCCCUUGGCCUAGUGAAGAUGGUGAGUUUGUCUGUACAGAAACCAGGUGAAGCCUUCAGAUGUUAGGGCUUUACUUCAUAUGAGUGGCUUGUCUCACCUGUGUAAGUGGCAGGUGAUUACCUGAUGGCUUAGGCUGUCCCUGUGAUUACAGAGGGUCUGGUGUCCCUGUAGAAACCCGUUCACCCUAUUUGAAAAUCUGACAGCCUCCAGAAGGAAGCUUUUCAUUCUUCAAGAAUAAAGGAAGCACAAAUGAGUAAUCUGGGCUAGAUGUCUAAGUUCUAGACGGGCUAAAGGCAAGGGAAAUAAGUAGCUUCCUCCCCCCCCCUACCCCCCUCCCAUGUGAAUGUCCCAGAAGAAUCUUGCAUUUACAGUGCUCUUAAGUGCCUGUUACAUUUUAUGUCUUUUUUUCCCCCCUAUUAUUUUUUUAGGUAACAAAUGAAACCUUCUGUUCAAAGUAAUUUAAAUUAGACUUUAUCUCUGUAUGUUAAAUUUGUAGGACAGACCUUUAUCAGCUCUGGGUUUUAGGAAUCUUAACUAAGCCUUACUUAAGUAGUGUGGUACCCCAAACUGUCAUCAUGCAUGGAACCUACAAGUAAAAGUGGGCUUGCUGGGGAUGAAAUAGCAGGAGAAUUGUUACAUGAUUAAAAGCAGUAUGACUCCAAGCAGUGCUGCAAAGCUCAAGCCCGGGUUCUUAUCAGAUCCAUACUGGCUCCUUGGAAUUAUUUCACUGAUUGUUACAUUUUCUCUGAAAACUAAGUAAAUUGAUACAGAUCAGUUAGUAUGACUAUGACAAUGAAAUGACCAUUGUAUGUCACCUCAGGGCAGGGGAGGAAAGGCACAAAUAAUUUGGUGACAGAAAUCUGUGCCAUGUGCCUGAGGUGGCAGGACUGGUGUUUGUAAAAUUAAUGCUCCUGUUCUUUCAGCACCCUGCUUGGUUAAUUGGCUAAAAUCUAAAUAAUAAUCCAAUCUGGAAAACACUGAAAUUCUUAAUUGUCCUGGUGUGAAAUUUAAUGGACAGAACUUUCAGGAAUUGCAGGUAGUAAAAGGAUUAUUGCAGUUGAGAAGUCCUGAAUGGCACUCUCCUUGUAAUGUAACAUAAACAUAUUUAUGCAUAUAUAUAUAUACACAUACAUACUGUACUGUAUCAACACAUAUAUGUGCUGAGUACUUGUGUCCUUUGGCUUUAAUUGGUACUCUGCUUUGUUUAAUUGCAUUUCAAUGUAAAGAACUCUUGUUGGUCAAGCUUUGAAACCCAGUCAUUCCUUGAGCAGAAAUGUAAAAGUCCAUAAUAGCAGCUCUAGGUGAUUUGGAGAUGGUCCACUUGGAGUGAUGUAAAUUUGAUGACCUUCUGCAAUAUAAAUUCCAGGCCUUGGUGAAGACGAGUAUAUUCUUGCACUGGCACUGCAGCUCUAUAGUGCGGCUUCUGAAAAUAAGUUAAAGAGAAAUAGAUAGCUCAAAGCUUUGUAAAUUAGUCAAAGCUACUUCCUAAGCUGAAUAGCCAUACGGUGACUUUCCUAGCUUGAUGUUGUAUUGCUUAAGCAUUGGCUGUAAUUCUAGCAAUCAUCUGGUGGAUGACUGGGACAGUUUUUUUUUGUCUCUGUUUUUGUUUUUGACUGUUCUCAGAGAAAUACUUGUAUUCAGACUGUAGCUUGUCUUUCUCCUCCAAUUAUUAAAUGGUUUUACUUUAUGGUAGUACUACAGAUAUUUUCUUAAGAUUAUAAUCUGCUUGACAGCACAGGGUACUCAAAGUGGGGAGUGUGUGUUUGGUGUUGAUCAUAGCUACUGUAGGUGAAUAGCAGAAGGCAGACUGGAGGUGUAUGCUAACAUCCUUGUCUCUCUUUAAAAAAGGGGUUAAGCUGGUGCCUAGCUUUUUGUGCAUUUCCGAUUUGUACUUUUUUUUCUUUUUUUUGGCCAUUCCCUCAAAAUUCUUCUGCUCCCUGUGGGGGGAUGUGUUGGUAAGCAUCUGGUGUGCCUAACUUUUUCUUAAGUAGCCUGCUGUUUUCCCAGUUUGCUUGGGGUGAGCGUUUAUCUUUCAAAGGGCUAUGGGAGUUACCUCUGUUCACUGACAAUGCAGCCAUUCGAGAUGGGCGAUGCUGACCCCAAAGUUGGCGUGAUGGGCGAGGGUGAGUGGAGGUGGGUAGAUUGGAGGCUGAGGCGUACCAGUUGUGAGUAAAUACUGCCACACUUUUUGUCUUUUUGUUUGUUCGUUUUUUUGUACAUGAAUUAAAAAAAAAAAAAAAGCAUAUUUUGCACUGGCUAUUGUACUGUUGUGCAGAAGAAAUCUGUAUCUAGAAUCUGUGCUCCAGUCAAAAUGCAAAUAAACCCGUUUGUAAGAA